GGCCACUGGGGCUGUUCCGAAUACAUGUGAUGAAACCACUGUUUCAAUGCCAUGUGGUUGGUAAUUUUUAUUUGAUGACUGGCGCUAAAUCCAGAGUUAAAUUUGCAUUUCGACAUCUGAUCCUGACGUGAAAAGGAUGAACAACGUUGCUAGGCAACACAAGCGUAAUCCCCACACCGCAAGGAAAUCACAGUCAGAUGUUUCAUUAGCUAGUGGCUAACGUUAGCUAGCUUGAUGCUCUUCGUUCACCUUACUUAUUCAUGCUAUUCUUUGCUAAAAAAAUUUAGACAGCGAAAAGAAAAGGUGUCUUUUCUUUUCGUAUCUGUUGGUUCACUGUUAGCUAGCUAGCCAGCUAUGCUAAUUCUAGCUAGAAAAAAAUAUAAUAGUGCUAACGUGUAGCUAAUUUACCACUAACGUUACCAAGUGUUGUUAUCUAGCUAUAAUCAAUUUCUCCAAACUGAACAGUGACAUUAUGCAAGGGUAACUGCUGUGCCGUCAUGAUUCUGUCUCGGGUGAAGCCAGCAGUAGGUGGAGAUUCUGCAGCUAGCGUCAGUGAGAAGAAGAAGAAAAACAAAGCCAAGAAGAGCCCUCGCCUGGAGGAAUACCUCAACCAGAGAGACUACCUUGGGGCACAAACUCUGUUAGAGUUUCAGCGAGAUGUUGGAGAAAAAGAGGAGCAUGCAGACCUUUGGAUUGGCUACUGUGCCUUUCACUUGGGUGAUUACAAGAGAGCAAUGGAGGAGUACAGGGCCUUGACACUCCGGUUAGAAGAACCAGGGGAGGUGUGGGUGUAUCUGGCCUGCACUCAGUUUUUCCUUGGACUCUACAGAGAGGCAGAGGAGGCUGCAAACAAGGCUCCAAAGUGUGCACUUCAGAAUCGCCUGCUUUUCCACCUGGCUCAUAAGUUCAACGAUGAGAAGAAGCUGAUGGGUUUCCACCAGAACCUGGAGGAUGUGACUGAGGACCAGCUGAGCCUGGCCUCCAUCCACUACAUGAGAUCACACUACCAGGAGGCCAUCGACAUCUACAAACGCAUCCUGCUACAGAAUAGAGAUUUCCUGGCUCUUAACGUGUACGUAGCGCUGUGCUACUACAAGUUGGACUACUAUGAUGUUUCCCAAGAGGUGUUGGCUGUGUAUCUGCAGAGUAUUCCUGAAUCCACCAUCGCUCUCAACCUCAAGGCCUGCAACCACUUCAGGCUGUACAAUGGCAAGGCAGCUGAGGCCGAGUUAAAGAACCUCAUAGACAUCUCCUCCUGCUCCUUUGAGUUUGCUAAGGAGCUUAUCCGGCAUAACCUGGUGGUGUUUCGUGGUGGGGAGGGGGCGUUGCAGAUUCUGCCCCCAUUGAUUGAUGUCAUCUCUGAGGCUCGGUUGAACCUGGUCAUCUACUACCUCAGACAAGAUGAUGUUCAAGAGGCUUACACCCUCAUAAAAGACUUGGAGCCAACCACGCCACAGGAGUACAUUUUGAAAGGAGUGGUGAAUGCCGCUUUGGGUCAAGAAAUUGGAUCGAGGGAUCACCUGAAGAUUGCUCAACAGUUCUUCCAGCUGGUCGGAGGCUCAGCCAGCGAAUGCGACACGAUACCUGGAAGACAGUGUAUGGCUUCCUGUUUCUUCCUUCUGAGGCAGUUUGAAGACGUUCUCAUCUACCUUAACUCAGUCAAGAGUUACUUCUAUACCGAGGAUACGUUCAAUUUCAACUACGCCCAGGCCAAAGCUGCCUUGGGCAACUACAAAGAAGCAGAGGAGAUAUUUCUGCUGAUCCAGGGUGAGAAGAUGAAGACUGACUAUGUAUACCUGAGCUGGCUGACUCGCUGCUACAUCAUGAACCAGAAAGGCCGACUAGCCUGGGAGCUGUAUCUGAAGAUGGGGGCUUCGCCAGACUCCUUCAGCCUCCUACAACUCAUUGCCAAUGACUGCUAUCAGAUGGGUCAGUUCUACUGGGCAGCCAAAGCAUUCGAUACUCUGGAGAAACUGGAUCCCGACUCCAACUACUGGGAGGGCAAGAGAGGGGCCUGUGUCGGAAUCUUCCAGCUCAUACUGGCAGGCAGAGAGUCGAAGGAAACCUUGAAGGAGGUGCUGCCCCUGUUGAGGAGCACACAGAACCCCCAGGUGGAGUACAUUGUCAGAGCUCUGAGGAAAUGGGCCAAAGACAACAGGGUUCCUCUGACAUAGCAAUGUCAUAACGUGCUUAACUCACAUAAUACACUUACUACAUGUUGUUAUUACAUUAUAUAUGUGGUUUACAUGUGCAUUUUUUAUCAGACUCUUUUACUAGUGAAAAAUCUACAAAAUAACCUGUUCUCAUGAGUCAUGCACAAUGUGUAUUGAUGCGCUUUAUUGUACGAGUCACAGUAUUUACAUCAUGAAAUACAUGUUUUAUUUGCAAUGUAUAUAAUUCUGUACAAUCUUGCCAAUCAAUUGUAUUGAAAUGUGUAUUUUGUAUUACUCAAAUGAUGCUGAUACAAGUAUUAAACAGUGUUCUCUUUAUAAAGGGUUGUUGACCUUU